UGAAGACAGACUGGCACAAGUUAACUUAUUUGCGUUAUCAUACCGUAGAAUACAGGAUGAUAUAACAUUGGCUUAUCGUAUACUGAACGAUGACCUUGGUAUUAACAUGUCUUAUCUUUUGCUUCCGUCUAGAACCGAUCAUUUGAGAGGACAUUCGAAGAAAGUUCAAAAACCGAGAUCAAACCGUUUACGUCUGGAGUUUCGUUUCUCGCACCGAGUAGUGAAUUACUGGAAUUCCCUACCGGAACACGUAAUAUCAGCACCGUCUGUUAAUAUAUUCAAAACGAGAUUGGACCUCCACAGUAUUACAAACUGCAAGCAUUAAUAUAGGUCGAUAGACCUCCUAUCCUUAUUACUGAAGGCUGAAAUAUUGACUAUCUUGGUAUCGUUAAUAAGCUUCGGCGGUAUUCAAAAAGUUCAUCUGUACGUUAUUCCCAACCCCCAUCAGUGGACGAUACCCUAGGAGCGUUGCCUACGUGCUACACACCUGAAGGCGCUCUGUGCUUGUGGUUGCUCAACAAAUUAAGAGGCUCAUAGCCUAUCAGGGGUAUGUCUUCAUAUUUUACCAAUAACCAUAUUCACUAAGUCAAGCCUUCCCAACCAAGUUAUCCAACUUUGUUACGCAAAUAAGUGACAGGAAAACCAUCGUUUUUAGACUCAUAACUGUUUAUGUCAGCUAAAACAAUCCUGCUGUAGUUAUCUGUAAUACGAAUAGCGCGAUGAAUAGACUCCAACGAUUUUUGGAUGAAAAUGUAGAAGCUAUAAGAUUAUUACCUACAACGUUCUUCGUAAUUGGAGUAUAUCUUCUCGGGAGGCAUUUUUAUAUCUUUACUAAGUUUAACUCCAUCCACUCGAUUCCAUCUGUUGUAUACAGUCGCCAGAUACAUCUAAAAGGUUUAGUUAAAUCUAUAAGUCCUACAGGUGAAUUGGAGAUCUUACAUGUGCCCAAGGUUAAACUGCCUUUCCGAGUCCCUUAUGGUAAUGCCAUGAAGAUUUCUAUUCCUGUGCAGCAUUCCGGUCAAAGUAUACAAUGGUUGAAGCAAAAUAUACACCCAGGUGAACGUGUCGUUUUCAUUCCUGUAAAACCAAUUUUCGAGAAUGCAGAACUUCUGGCUAUAAUAUACAAACGAUGGUAUUUUUCAAAAAAAGAUAUAUCUUACCACCUAUUAGUCAAUGGAAUAACCAACCACAAAAGCUUCAAUGAUUUGCCAGAUAACUUUCGCAAUAAGUACUCCUCGGCUAUAUCGAAAGCAAUUCGAAUGAAACGGGGUAUUUGGCAAGAAGACUAUAAAGUGUGGAAAUCUUGUAAAUUAUUUUUCCAAAAGAUAAAACAACUCGUGAACUUGUAAAACUGACGAUUUAGUCUUGUUAAUAUACAGUUUCUAUUUUA